CGCCGGAUGGUGUUUAAUGAUGACGAUCUAAGAUUAUCAAACGAAAAGUUUAAGUACUUAAGUCCCCCUAAACCUCUGUAGAUUAAGUCAAAUUACAAUUAUCCCAAAUGAUUAAUGAACGAUUGUUUAUUGGUUACCAGAGUAACAACUGGACACAUUGCUCUUCAUGAAUUUUUUACAAAAAAAAGUAAACACAGCACAGAUACGUCUGUUAUUAUUUUACAAAAUUAAAGAUUUGUAGUUUUAUUAUUAGCCACUAUGGAAGAUAUGAAAGAAGAAGCCAUACACUACACUGCGCUAAAAUUGGCUGAGGAAAUUAAGAAUCUUUCCAUAUACAAAUCAUUUUACAGUGAUGUUCAGAAACUGGUAUGUUCACCAAAUGUGAAUAAGGAGGAUUUUAAGCAAACCCUCCAGCAGGCUAUGAAAGAAAAGGGCUUAGACACGAAACUUCGGAACACAGUUUUUCAUUGGGUACGAUCUCAAACCAAGCAAAACAAGCUAGAUCCACUAUCUUGCCUAUUAAAAGCUAGUGCUCAAUGGGAGAAACGAAUACACAAGUCGUUGAACUCGAUGUGCUCCGAUUUGGAGACGUCUUUGGCUAAAUUACGGCCGCAAAGUGAGCAGGAGGAAUUUGCGGAUAAAUGGAACGAACUCAGUACAUACAACUUAGAUCUAUCAAAAUAUAGACCUGUCUAUGCUCCAAAAGAUUUUCUAGAAGUUUUACUAACUUUGUCCGGAUAUGUUCCUUACACGAGAGAAGAUGAACCAAAGUGGGAAUUCGCUCAUUUACCUAUUCAAGUUAAAACAUUAGAUGAAUUGCGUAAAGUCUACGUAGAAUGGACAAACGGUGAGCCGCUACUAGGUGUCAACUCAAACAUGCCCAGUACGGUGCCGGGGUUCAACACACUCGAAGCGGAACGUAUCGGGCUGGGAGAGCGAGUGUCUGCGUUGGGCUACGCUCCAGUCAUACAGGAAUACUUGAAGAAAGGGAGCCCGCAGUGCUUGCGCGCGAAGCUUUGGUCACAAGUCCUCGGGGCUGAGAUACAAAAACAUCAUGCCAGCUACUUCGCCCAACUUAAGAAGAACGUAUUAGAAGUAGAUCUCAUGAUAGAUAAACUAAUAUUCAAAGACGUACAAUUGACGGCAUCUAACGACGACCAAUAUUUUGUUUUCGAGGAUUUAUUAUAUCAGGUGAUGUUAUGUUUCUCCCGGGAUUGCGAAGUGAUGCAAGCACUGAAGGGCAGCAUCGGCAACCCUCUGACAGUGACCAUCAAAGGCAAACCAGCCUCACCGGACGCCACUGUGUUCCCGCCCAGUGGUAUUAUACCUUUCCAUGGAUUCACUAUGUACGCAACGCCGUUCUGCUAUCUGUACGAUGACCCAGUGCAACUGUACUACACGUUUCGUGCAUUUUACAUCCGUUACUGGCAUCGACUACAUUACAUUUCCACACAUCCACAGGGCAUAGUUUCAUUAUGCCUUCUCUAUGAGAGGCUAUUGGAAGCGAACGAGCCAUUACUUUGGAUACACUUUAGGAACAUCAAUAUUAAUCCCAUAAGAGUCGUAUUUAAAUGGUUAAUGAGAGCAUUCAGUGGACACUUACCUCCGGACCAGCUGUUGCUUCUCUGGGACGCGAUCCUCGGCUACGACUGCCUGGAGAUCCUGCCGUUACUGGCUCUGGCCAUACUCAGCUUCAGGAAGGAGAACAUCUUCCAAGUAAAUACACUCCAAAACGUGGACGCAGUACUUGCAGACCUCUCCACCAUAUCUGUGAUACCACUACUACAACUAGCGCUGAUGAAAACUUAAAUACUUGAUACGAACGUGAAACACGUCUUUGAUAAAAACACUCGACGGUCUGAAUCUUCCGUUAUGAAAAGUCUAAAUAAUUUUAUAACGCUGAAUUGUGCAUUCGAAACUGUAUUUUCCAGACUAUGUAUGUUUGGAAGAAAAAAUCUUAAGGAAUAUUUUUCUACAAUCUUCAAUAGACAACUUCACGUGUGAAUAUAGCUAAUUGUAUUGUUUGUAUAGUAUUUUAGUCGAUUUUAUUUUGUAGACGUUUUUUUUUUCUUUA